AUGAAAUUUUUGAAAAAUAUUUCCGAGGACCAGAAAGACAAAAUUCUUGCUCUUGACUGUGAAAUGUGUGGGAAUACCAGGCCACGUGAGGAACGCCAUUUGGAGAAACGUUAUGUUCUUAAAGCAACACUGAUUGACGGCCAUGGAAAUAUCAUCUUCGAUGAGCUUUGCAUUCCCGAAAAGACGGACGAAGACAUGAAAACAGAUAUUCAUGGAAUCACGAAACAAGACCUUCAGGGAAAACAGAGUUACCUUGAUCUUAUCGAGAAGGUCAAAGUUCUUGUCAAAGACAAAAUUGUUGUUGGUCAUUCCUUGGAUGCUGAUUUAAAAGGCCUUGGCUACAAUAAAACAGAGAAGAAACGAAUUCCCUUUGAGCAUCCAUUCAAACUUCAGCGAGAUACCGCAGAAAGAUUUCAGUGGACAACUGGGAAAAAACGUCCUUCAUUGAAGGAACUCGCCAAAAAUCACAUUGGAGUGACAAUUCAAGAGGGAAUUCAUGAUUCGAAAGAAGAUGCUUUUGCAGCACUUCUCAUCUAUGCAAAAUAUUAUGACUCUUGGGAGAUAAGCCUUAAGAAAAAAUUUUCAAUGCCUUUUCAUUGUGAAUUAUGCAAUGUUUUCUGCAAAUCUAAGAAGGUCUUACGAUCUCACUUGAAUGGCAAAAAACAUCAGCACAACGCGCUUUUGGCUGGAUCAGAUGAAUCAAGUUCCGAUUCAAACGAAUGA